CCCGAGUUUUCCCUCCAAAAUCCAAAAUAGGUUUUCUGUCUGUGAGCUUAGAAGUUGAAUCGAUCGUUAUCAUCAACGAAUUUAAUGCUCACUCUCCGUACCUUUUGUGACGAUCCAUCUAUAUGAAUUAUGAAGCACCUCAUCUUUUGAUCCCCAAAUCUUAAUCUAUGCUCCUUCGCCAACUCCCACUCUCCCAAUCGCCGCCGCCGCCUAAGCGUUGCCGAUAUUCUUCUCUCCGACGAAGACCAAGGCGGCGCUGAUUUCAUGGAUGGCGUCCGAGAAACACCGCCACCAAGACGUGGUUCUCCGUCUACCAAGUGCUGUUCGCCACGGCGGCUUGUUGCUUGGUUGCUGACGUUGCUGAGGCCGAACAAGGAGCAUAGAAUUGCGCGACGGCGGCUGAACGAGGAGGAGGACGCGCCGACGUUGCCGAUGAUUGAACUAAAUGGUAGCGAGGAAUCGAGACAGUUACAUGGGAAUGAUACUUCUUUUAAGCUAGGAGUUGGUUGUGGUUUUCUAUAUCUGAUUGCAGCAAGUAAAAAUGAACUUGGCAAGAUGGCUGAGUUGCGGAAAGAAAUGGAAAUGCUUCUUCAAAAUGUGAAAGGAGAACUGAAAAGUAAAGAUGCGCUUCUUAAGCCAUUGAAACAAAGUGAUGCUCUUGCCUGUUCCAUCACUGACAUUCAAGAAGCUUCUAGCUCUAGUAAUUAUAUUUCAGUUCAUUCACAAACACCAUAUGCUCACCCAAUUCCAGAAAGCGAUAUGUUUCAUAAUUGUUUUCUAGAAUAUAAGAUAAGUGAACAAGAUAAAUGUGCAGAAGAAAUAAAUGAGCUCCAGGCAGAAUUUGAAAUUGAGUUACAACGGUUGCAAUUGCAUUUGGAUGGUGAAGCUGCAUUUGCUGAUGAACAACAAGAAAGAGUAAAGGUAACCGUAAAGGACUCUCGUUCAACAAGCCAUCGUUCAAGUUUUGGAGAAAUAAUGAUGGAACCUCAGGGGGCAAGUUCUGAUGUAUCAUUUGGAGUCCCUCCAGUUGAACUGGAGAGAAGAUUGCAUGAACUACUUGAAACAAGACUGCAAGAACGGAUUACAGAGCUGGAAUCUGCUUUGGAAUGUACCACGCAGAAGCUUAUUGAAAAAGAGAGAGAGGUUACUUGGUGUAAAGACACCGCACGACUUAUCUCACAACAUGUUCCAGAAACUUCUCGGUUUACUUUUCCAAUUGAUCCUGAAACUGCUUUGAAGUUGAGUCAAGUUUUGGGAUAGCUUUUGAAGUCUGAAGUUGAUUUCCUGGCAGUGCAAUUUAAUUACCUGUUGCUUCAUUAUUUUGUCAAAUUUAUGGUUUAGAUCUCUGGAGGAAAUGAUUUGGAGAAUGAUUUUCAAUAGCUUUGGUGAAUUGAAGGGAGCCAAAAUAGCUGUCUAUUGUAGAGCAGUCGUCGAGAUGUGUCUAUCUGAUUCUCUUCUUGUGGAGCCUAUUGGGAUUAUUAUACUUAUUGCUAGAUUUAAGGAGAGGUGACUGUAAGCAACUGCAGUUAAAUAUAUCUGGAUUUAGCAACGAACAAGAGUUCUAGGUAUUGACUCAUUUCAGCUAUUUGCAGAAAAUCCCAUGUAUAGUGGCUUAACUUUUAAUGAUCCGUUAUCUUGUUCAAAC